AUGGCUAUCUCCAAAAAUAUACCAGCCAAAUCUACGAAAGGAGGAAACCCAGACCUCCAAGUCGACCUACUAAAGCCUGAAGAAGCAGAGCAGUACACGCGUAUUCGGCACGAAGUCUUUCGGUCCACAGUCAACAAGAUUCUAUACUCGCGCGGAGAGCCUUCGCAGAGAACGCUUGACAGAGUGACAGAAGAGAUUCGCGAUGGCGUGGUAAACAAGGGCAUACUGUACCUUAAGUGCGUCGACAUUUCAACCGGUGAGAUCAUCGCAGGUGCUCGCUGGCGCUGCGUCAAGCCGGCAGAUCCCACCGCGACGGAGCGGACGUGGGAAGAAGUCGAAGAAAGCUUCAAGCGCUCCGAACCGUACGAAGAAAGUGAUCCUGAUCUUUUCCACGCUCUCCAUGACCUAUUCAACGAGAACAAGCGCGAGAUCCUGCAGAACCGCUCACACUACGUCCUCGAUACACUGGUCACGCUGCCGCAGCACGAGAGAAGGGGUGCAGGGAGUAUGCUUGUGCGGUGGGGAGCGAAGAGAGCAGACGAGGCAGGCGUGGAGGCAUACUUAGAGGCCAGUCCAAUGGGGGCACCGAUGUAUGCGAGACAUGGAUUUGAGCCAGUAAGGAAGGUGGCGCUGGACUUGAGGCAAUAUGGCGGCGAUGAAGUUUUGGAGUUCAUACUGAUGAGAAGACCGACCAAUGGAGGAGUCGAGAUGCCUUGA